AUGCAGCGGCCUUAUGCCGGUGCAGACGGGAAACCACCAAGGUCUGCGUGUCUUCAUAAGCGCUCCGAGACGGAGCAAAUGUGUGGCUUUAAUUACAUGCGUCCAAGAAGGCUCGGCGACUUCGAGCCGGGCGUGCGUCCUUGGGUUAAACCGACGACAACCGAUGGGAGGACCCGCCGAAGCACAGUCGUCGGCAAGGCUGCAAUGCCUUUCGGCAGAGACUGUCCUGAUACCUUUGAAGGCCUUGAGGGACCCGGAGGAUGGGCACUGGGAGCGUCAGGAAUCAGUCAGAUCGAUCUGGACACGGCAACGUCUGUUGUCGAGUUGUGUGACAGCAGUCAAGGAGUGGUCUGUUUGACCAUGGACUUGUGUGAGGGGGGUGAUGUUAGUGGUGACAUCAACAAAGCAGGUUUGCAUCCCAUCCAGGAUCAAAUCGCAACCGCUAAGACAAGGAAGGCGAUGACGGACAUCCUGGCACUAGUUUGCCACGGUCUGGCUCAAAUUCGCCGCCCCCAUCCUCAUCUGGAGGAUGUUGGACUUCCUCCUGAUGGGCUCUGGGAUCACGAUGCAGCUUAUAAGCGGAGAUUCUGUUUUGACCAUGGCGAGAUUGAGUACCUUUUAGGGAAUGCCGAUCGGUGGAUGUUUCCCGGCAACUUUGACGUCCCGAACGCUGCGGCCGCGUUGGAGGCUAUGGUUCAACAGCAUGGGAACAGUUCCUCUAAGUUUGACCCGCAUUCACGACGUUGCCAAGCGGAAUGCCGAGGCAGUCUAUACUUUCAUGUAUAUAGCGUCCUCGACAAACGUGAAUCUGGAACCGAGGCGCUAUACUUGGAACGAUGGAAAACUUGCUUGACGCCGGAGAGUCACCUUGUUGAACGGAUCGGAUUGCGGCAUCGCUGGAAGCGAAUAAAAAUGGUCUUUGUCGACGGAGCGAACGGAUGUGGAGCUCUUUUGAAGACAGAGUGA